AUGGGUUUCGAUUCCCCAGCAAAUUCAAGAGGGGGUUUCCGUGGUCGUGGACGUGGUGGUGAUCGAGGAGGAGGAUUUUCUCCACGCGGUAGGGGAGGAUCUCCAAGAGGUCGUGAUUUCGGACCUCCACGAGGCGGUGGACGUGGAUUUGGAUCUCCCCGAGGCGGUCGUGAUUUUGGACCACCAAGAGGUGGUGGACGUGGUUUUGGAUCUCAAAGAGGGGGACGUGAUUUUGGAUCUCAAAGAGGAGGACGUGAUUUCGGAUCUCAAAGAGGAGGACGUGAUUUUGGAUCUCAAAGAGGACGUGAUUUCUCCCCCAGAGGCAGAGGCGGAGGAGGUGAUUUCUCUCCCAGAGGCAGAGGAGGAGGAUUUGGUGGAAGAGGCGGAAGAGGCGGAAGAGGCGGAAAUUUUACUCCCCGAGGUGGAGCUUCUGAUAGAUUCAACAGAGAUGCUGCUAGUGAGAAAAGAAAAGUUUACAGAGAUGACGACGAUGAGGAUGAAGAUGUUCCACAAAAGAAAUCCAAAUCUCUUCCUAGCACUCCUGCUGGUAAGAAGCAAAAUUUCCCUGCAAAAGGCAAAGCUAAGCCAGUUGAAGAUCCUGAAGAGGCCAGCGAUGAAGACGAGGAGGAAAGUGAUGAAGAAAUCGCUGUGAAGCAACCUGUAAAGGGAAAAGCAACCAAACCACAAGUAGAAGAAGAUAGUGAUGAAGAUGAAGAAGAUGAAGAUGAAGAAGAAUUUGAAGAUGAGGAUGAAGAUGAGGAUGAAGAGGAGAGCGAGGAAGAACAGGAAGACGAAUCUCAAGUUGAGCCAAGUAAGAUUGGUACCAUUAAAAUCACAAAGAAUGGCAAAGAACUAAUAAAGAGUGUGUCCGCUGUAGAAAAAGAUGAGGAUGAAGACGAUGACGAAGAGGAUGAAGAUGAAGAUGAAGAUGAAGAGGAAGAUGAGGAUGAAGAUGAGGAAGAAGACGAUGAAGAUGUUACUACUUCUACUCCACCAUUGAAGUCUGCCAUCAAAGGCUCUGUGAAUUCAAAGACUGGUAAACAAGUGGAUAUUUCUACUGCGAAUACACCAACUACAGCGGAUCGCAAGGCGCCUGGAACCCCACAUCCCAAAACAGCCGUCCUGAAAGGCAAGUUGGAUUUUGAUGAUGACAGUGAAGGAGACGAAGAUGAAGAGGAAGAAGAUGAAGAUGAAGAGGUUGAAGACGAGGACGAUGUCGAUGAUGAAGAGGUGGAAGAUGAAGAUGAAGAUGAAGCAGAGGAUGAGGAAGAUGAAGAGGAUGAAGACGAGGAAGAGAAGGAAAAUCAAGUUGCUGCUGCUAAAACUCAGAAAGUAACCGCUGUAGCCAAAAAGGCAGAGGUAGCUAAAACUUUACCGGCCAAGAAAGCUGAGCAGGUGAAGGCCACAGCUUCGCAGCAGGAAGAGUCUCGCAAGAGAAAAACACAAGAUGUUGCUCCAUCUGGGAAAGUUAUGAAGAUUAGUGCUGAGCAGAUUAUUGAAGAAGAACAACGACGUAGAGUCGAGAGAGAUUCCAGAUCUUUAUUCGUUAAAGGAUUUCCCAAGAACACAAAGACUGCGGUAUUAGAGGCUCUUCACCCAGAUAUUGAAUCAGUUAGGCACAAGCCCAACCAAGCAUUUGCUUGGAUUGUUUUCAAGACUGAGUCAGCUUGUGAUAAGGCACAUGAAGCAUUAUCGAGUAAAAAGUUGAAUGGACAAAGUAUUGCUGUGGACUUCUGUGGUCCUAAAUCUACAAGGCCAAAUGCUAAAGCAGUAACAAAAAUGUUAAAUCCAAUUAACCCUCUUGAGCUAUAUUUGAAUGGAUUGCCAAAAGCAGCUACUAAGGAGGAUCUAAAGAAUAUUUUCCGUAGUGCAGUUUCUAUCAAAUCUGUUACUCUCAUGGGCGCAAAAAAGACAAACGGCAAAGCUUUCAUCCAAUUCGGAACAGAAGAAGAUGCGAAGGCUGCUUUUGAUAAGAGUAGAGGAUUGAAAAUUGGAGGAAAAUUAGUCGAUGUAUACUUCGCCAGAUCUAGAACGGAGCAUAUCACUCCACCUAAAAAGUUCACCAAACCUCAGGCUAACGACGAUUCUGGAAGUGAAGAAGACAUUCCCUCUAGCGGCGAAGAAAUUGAAGAAGUCCCCGAGAAACAGAAAGCCAAGAAAGUUGUGAAAAAGGUGGAAAAGAAAGGUCCAGUCAAGAGGGGCGCUAAAGCUGCUGCGAAAGAUAGUGAUGACGAUGAGGAAUAA